AUGUCAGACGAGCUAGCUUCCACACUCGCUUCCAUUCAGGAGUUCAUGGCUGGAGUCAGUAGGCGCUUGGAUCAGAUAGAGAGUUCUCGCCAGGAUCCCCAGCCGGUUGGCAUGGUCAUUGAUGAGACAGUUCCUCAUGCAUCUCAGACAGCACAGACUCGUCCACCUGGGGUUUCACUUGGUACUCCGUUCCAUCUGGCAGAUCAUUAUGAGACCAUUCCACCACCUACUGUCACAGUGUCGCCUCCCAUGGUUCCUACUAUUGAGGAUACUCGGUUGGCCGAGCAGGAGGCCAAGGUUGAGAGGCUUGAGUCCAUGAUGAGACAGAUCAGAUUGCAGGAUGGAGGUUUGACUUGGGAUGACAGAGACGGCAUACCGGCGGCUAGCUUGCCCGCCAAGUUUCGCAUGCCGGACAUUGAGCGUUAUAGUGGGAUUGGUUGCCCCAAGAUCCACUUGAGACUAUACAGCACAGUCAUGAGAGCACAUGGGAUAGAUGAUGCACAGUUGGUGGCCCUCUUCCCGAUGUCACUUAGUGGAGCAGCUCAGAGAUGGUUUGCUUCAGUUGAGCCUUCGAGACUCCGCACCUGGGAGGACGUGGCUCGUGAGUUCUUGACUCAGUUCGCUUUCAGUGCUGAUAUUGAUGUAUCCAGACGAGAGUUGGAGGCCACUAGACAGAGGCCAGAGGAGUCUAUUUCUUCAUUUGUCACUCGUUGGAGGGCAAAAGUGGCUGGUAUGGUAGACCGGCCUAAGGAGCAGGAUCAGAUUGAUAUGGUUCUUCGGAACCUACAGCCGAGGUUCGCGAGACGUCUUGUGGGUAUCCCAUUUCAGGAUCUCAGGAGUUUGGUUCAGGCAGCUUUCAGUGUUGAGGAGGCCAUUGCUCGAGGAUUAUGGACAGAUACUACUUCUUCCCCUGACAGUAAGGGGAAGAAGCUGAUUGGACCAUUGGGUAGAUCUGGAGAGGUUGGCGCUAUUAGUUAUCAGCAUCGGAGGCCCGCGCAUCACUCAGCUUAUAGGCCUCCUACAGUCAGAGCUCCUUUCUCUCUUCCACAGUAUCAGUAUCAGCCAGAUUAUGUUCAGGAGCCUUACAUUGCUCAGACUAGCAUGCAGCCACGACCUUCGCAUCCGAGAGCCGCUACUCACCCGCCACCCAGACCAUAUGCACAGAGGCCCGCGAGACAGUUCACUCCGUUGGGUAUGACUUUGACUAGAGCUUUUGAGAAGCUCAGAGACGCUGGAGUGAUUGUUCCUUUGGCGCCGAGGCCUUUGCCCCAUCCUAUUCCUCCUCAUUUCCGUUCACAUGAGCACUGCUUGUAUCAUCGGAUUCCGGGGCACGAUACUGAGCGUUGUUCAGCACUCCAUCAUGCGAUACAGGACUUGAUCGAUUCGGGGUUGGUCGACUUGGCUGGGCCAAAUGUGACCGCCAAUCCCCUGCCUACGCAUUCCACACAUGCAGAUGAGGACUUGGGUCAGUCGGCAUGGGUACAUCACUUGGUAGCAGUUCAGUUCAGAGCAUUUCUCAUUUUGAUUAUGCAUGGUGUCAUGACACAUGGUCCUGUUUGGCAUUACCCAUUUGAGGUUGGACAUUUUCAUUACAUGAUGGAUGAACAUAUUUCAGAGUACAGUGGUUUGGAGGCAUUUUGCAUCUCUGUCUGUUUAUCAUUGCAUACUGGGGCAUACCCCCUCUCCGAGAACAUCGGACCUUCCACAGGUUUCAUUCACUUUUCGAUCUAG